AUGCCCAAACCAAGAUGCGAAAUCGCGAAACGGAGACACUUGAGGGGGUGGGGAACAACGUCUGAGAAGGGGGAGAAGAAGAAACCUUUCCUGACACCCGCUCCAGCGCUCUCACACUCGCACACGGCAUUAGUCAGAGAGAGGAGGAAAUCUACCAGCCCCGGGGAGGGAAAGCGAGUCCCCCGAGAAGACAGUGGCUGCGCUCGUUGGGAAGAGGGGGAGAGGCUUUGGCUUAAAGGGGACGGGACUGACUGGGAUUGUGCACGUAAGGAGUGGCCCCCGGCGCUGAAGCUGGGCUUUCCGGAGCCGGGUGGCUGGUUAGUACUCCCUCCUGCCUUCCUCCCUUCAGCUCUUCACCCUCCCUCUCUGCGAAUGUGUAGUUUCGGCGGCUCGGCUGCCACCUCCGCCACCGCCGCCGCCGCCGCAGCGGCAGUCGCGUCAGGGACAAGCUUGAGCCGCAAGCGAGCAAGCGAGCUCCCAGCAGCAACCACCACUUUGGGCAAACUUGCGGGUUUCCGGCUCUCGGCUAGCGAGCGGGAGCUUCCUACUUGCCAUUCAGUGUCUUUGAGCCUUGGCAGCCCUAGGGGCAGCGAGCGCGCCCGCACCAGACUCUCCCAGACGCGAAAGGACAACUCCCUGGUUGUCAAGGUAGGAGACACUAAUGACAACCCGCCUGUCUUCGGCCAGUCAGUAGUGGAGGUUUACUUUCCCGAGAACAACAUCCCUGGAGAGAGGGUGGCCACGGUGCUGGCGACGGACGCCGACAGCGGGAAAAAUGCAGAGAUCGCCUACUCGCUGGAUUCCUCUGUGAUGGGGAUCUUUGCCAUCGAUCCUGAUUCCGGGGACAUCCUCGUCAAUACGGUACUGGACCGCGAGCAGACUGACAGGUAUGAGUUUAAAGUUAACGCCAAAGACAAAGGCAUCCCAGUGUUACAGGGCAGCACCACGGUGAUUGUGCAGGUGGCUGACAAGAAUGACAAUGACCCUAAGUUUAUGCAGGACGUCUUUACGUUUUAUGUGAAAGAAAACUUGCAGCCCAACAGCCCUGUGGGGAUGGUCACGGUGAUGGAUGCUGACAAGGGACGCAAUGCAGAGAUGAGCCUCUACAUAGAGGAAAACAGUAACAUUUUUUCCAUUGAAAAUGACACGGGGACCAUUUAUUCCACAAUGUCUUUUGACCGGGAACAUCAGACCACAUACACGUUCAGAGUCAAGGCUGUGGAUGGGGGAGAUCCUCCCAGAUCAGCCACAGCCACGGUCUCUCUCUUUGUCAUGGAUGAGAACGACAACGCUCCCACCGUUACCCUUCCCAGAAACAUUUCCUACACUUUACUGCCACCUUCAAGUAAUGUCAGGACAGUAGUAGCUACAGUGUUGGCAACAGACAGUGACGAUGGCAUCAAUGCAGACCUUAACUACAGCAUUGUGGGAGGGAAUCCCUUCAAGCUGUUUGAAAUUGAUUCCACCAGCGGUGUGGUUUCCUUAGUGGGGAAACUCACCCAAAAGCAUUAUGGCUUGCACAGGUUGGUGGUGCAAGUGAAUGACAGUGGACAGCCUUCCCAGUCCACCACGACCCUGGUGCAUGUGUUUGUCAAUGAAAGUGUUUCUAAUGCAACUGUGAUUGACUCACAGAUAGCCAGAAGUUUGCACACCCCACUCACGCAGGAUAUAGCUGGUGACCCAAGUUACGAAAUUAGCAAGCAGAGACUCAGUAUUGUCAUUGGGGUGGUGGCCGGGAUUAUGACCGUGAUUCUAAUCAUCUUAAUUGUAGUGAUGGCAAGGUACUGCCGGUCCAAAAGCAAAAAUGGCUAUGAAGCUGGCAAAAAAGAUCACGAAGACUUUUUUACACCCCAGCAGCAUGACAAAUCUAAAAAGCCUAAAAAAGACAAGAAAAACAAAAAAUCUAAGCAGCCUCUCUACAGCAGCAUUGUCACUGUAGAAGCUUCUAAACCAAAUGGACAGAGGUAUGAUAGUGUCAAUGAGAAGCUGUCAGACAGCCCAAACAUGGGGCGAUACCGAUCCGUUAACGGUGGGCCUGGCAGUCCUGACCUGGCCAGGCAUUACAAAUCUAGUUCUCCAUUGCCUACUGUCCAGCUUCAUCCCCAGUCACCAACUGCAGGAAAAAAACACCAGGCCGUACAAGAUCUACCACCAGCCAACACAUUUGUGGGAGCAGGAGACAACAUUUCAAUUGGAUCAGAUCACUGCUCUGAAUACAGCUGUCAAACCAAUAACAAGUACAGCAAACAGGUGGAUACAGUGCAGACCACGAACCCCCCUGGCCACAUUGAGGAAUCGUGUAAAAUGAAUCCAUUUCGUAGAGUGACGUUUUCUGUUGUGAGUCAGCCUCAGGACCCACAUCAGGGGUCACUGCAGAGUUGCUAUGACAGCGGGCUGGAGGAGUCAGAGACACCAAGCAGUAAGAGUUCAUCAGGGCCAAGGCUGGGUGCCCUUCCACUCCCAGAGGACAGCUACGAAAGGACCACGCCGGAUGGCAGUGUUGGUGAGGCAGAGCAUAUGGAAAAUGUCAUCUGUGAAAUGGCUUUGUGCCUCUCGAGUAUCCCCAAGUCCACCAUGCCCCCACUUUUGUAG